AUGCAUGUUCUCAAUGUUCCUAUCAUUUGCGAAGGAUUCGCUAUAUUGUAUCUGGCAGCCCAGUACAUGUCGCCAUUAUUAACGCUUGCUUUCACGACAGAGCGAUUCAUCGCAAUAAAGUUCCCAUUGCGUAGACCGCUUUAUUGUACUGUACAUAGAGCCGUGUGUACGAGUUUUUGCAUCGUGCUGACGAGUAUGGGUCUUUGUGGAAUUCAAGGAUACCUUUGGUCUUAUGACAGCAAUAUAGGCGAGUGCAUCUUAAAACAGAACGAUUUAUGGGAGAAAUGGUCAUGGGGAACAGAAAUGUUUAUGUUUCUAUGUGUGCCUCUCCUUGUUUUGCUUCUCAAUAUACUGGUUAUUUUGGAAAUUAAGAAAUCAAGCAAAGUGGCGUUUACGUUGAAUAAGAGUGUAAACAAGACAACCGCCACGACAGUGUUGUUGCUCGCAGUGUCAUUCUAUCUCAUACUAACCACACUCCCUGCGUCAAUAGUGUUUCUGCUACAAAAGUACUUCCCUCCUGGAAACCUAACACAUCUAACAGCUAUCGAAACGGAUAACAACUGGCAAGUUUAUUUCCAAUACUGUCGGGCAAGGAAAGUAAUCGAAAUCAUCGGACGAACGCAUUUCGUAAUGAAUGUCUAUAUCUACAUUUUGGCAGGAGACAGGUUUCGUAAGGAGGUUCUAAAUGUGCUCCAAUGUAAGAGUUCUCGUUAA